CUGGCCUGACAGGCGUGCUUCCUAAUGUUACCCGUAGAGGGCGCAGGCCGCAGAAGCGCUCUCUGGGUCUCGUGGCCGGAAGGAGUGCGGUACGGCCCUACUCGCCCCAGCAGCCGCCAUGAAAGCCGUGGUGCAGCGCGUCACCCGGGCCAGCGUCACAGUUGGAGGAGAGCAGAUAAGUGCCAUUGGACGGGGCAUUUGUGUGUUGCUGGGUAUUUCUCUGGAAGAUACACAGAAGGAACUGGAGCACAUGGUUCGAAAGAUUUUAAACUUACGUGUGUUUGAGGAUGAGAGUGGAAAGCACUGGUCGAAGAGUGUGAUGGACAAACAGUACGAGGUGCUGUGUGUCAGCCAGUUCACCCUCCAGUGUGUCCUCAAGGGCAAUAAGCCUGACUUCCACCUGGCAAUGCCCACGGAGCAGGCAGAGAGCUUCUAUAACAGCUUCCUGGAGCAGCUGCGCAAGACGUAUAGGCCGGAGCUCAUCAAAGAUGGUAAGUUUGGUGCCUACAUGCAAGUCCACAUUCAGAACGAUGGGCCUGUGACCAUAGAACUGGAAUCCCCAGUUCCUGGUGCUGCUACCUCUGAUCCAAAGCAGCUGUCAAAGCUUGAAAAACAACAGCAGAGGAAAGAAAAAACCAGAGCCAAAGGGUCUUCUGAAUCAAGCAAAGAAAGAAACAUUCCUCGCAAAGAAGAUCGCAGUGCCAGUAGUGGGGCUGAGGGUGACGUGUCUUCUGAACGGGAACCGUAGAUGUCGGGGACGAAACUCAGUGCAUUGUCAUUGGGCAGGAGUGGAUUCUCAAAACUUCAUGAAAGAUGCUAAGCACCUACACUGCUUUAAGAAUUUGGAACUGAAUCGUGAAAAGGAAGACAGAAAUAAGAAAUUGGGAACCUGAAGAGCCCUGCAAAAAAACAAAAAACAAAAAAACACCAAAGGAACGUUAUCAUUUUCUAUUUUGUUGCCGUGGUCUAAUAGAGGAAGUGGGUGCUGCGAGGGUAGGGGAGUGUAUCCUGUGCUCAUGGCAGCAUGGCAUACACCUGUGCCUGCCCCACAGGAAGGCUUUGUUGGUUCCUAUGUUGUCUUGGCUUACUUUUGGAAUAUCAUUUGUCAUUGACUUCUUCUUUCACACUGUGGUUUAUUUCUGCGUGUCUAUGAUGGUUCUCAAAUGCAUUCAUGCUUUCCAUGUUCCCAACACUGGCCAAGUUAGGGCCCAUGUUAAGGUGUAAAGAAAACAGUAUCAGUGAUAAUGUAUUGUGUGAGGUCAUUGCAUUGUAUACAUUUUCUCUUUUUAAAAAAGGAAAUAAUAAAACUCUA